AUGCACAAGGAAAUAAAGAAUAACAACAAGCAAACCCUCUAUUCUGAUGGAGAUGCCAAUGCUAACCAAAUCCCCAUGGAGGAAAGCCACACUGAUAGAGGCAGUUUAAUACCUCCCCUGUUGUCACACAACAGCUCUCAGGAAAGGAUUAUUAUUUGGGGCACACAUGCCCGCAGCAAGGACCCAGAGCUGGAAGAGUUUGAAUUAUUAGAAUGUCAGGAGAUGGAAGCUUUUCUAACAGUGCGUGAAGUAAGGGAUAAUGAUACAAGCAAAGAGGGUGCAAAGAAAGGCUUUUGUCAGAGACAGUCUGCUCUCGCUUGUAAAGACCCUGUUUGUGACUUAGGCAAGACAGAUCAAAAUGCGAACCACAGCGAGGAUAUAGAUGUAGAUCAAAGCUCUCAGCCUCUGGACCUCAGGACGUCUGCCUCUCGAUCUGGAGGAAGGAGGAGCCUGAAAGAGACACGUAGUAACUCAGAGAGCAAUGUCUUUUUUCCCACUUUCUCAACAGUGAGCAACCUCAGUGGAAGCUUGGCCAGUGCUCUUGAUAGUGCAGGACAUAAACAGUGUCCACCUUUACCCAGCAAGCCUACCUCAGAUAAAUGCCGUUUCCAGCAGACAGUCACAAAUAAAUCCAUGAUACUUUCAACACAAAGCAAAGAACAACCCAGUAAGAGGGGUCAGAAUCCUAGCUCUAUGAUAAUGCCCCAGGAUCCAACACAUGAGCAUAGAUCUAACACUGAAAAUGGUGACUGUCUAACAGACAAAAAAUGCUGGAGUACAGAUAAAGGCUACAACAAACAGGAGAAUGUCCUGUCUUCCAAAUUCCAGAGAAACUUUGAAAGAGUGCCACCUUCUUGUAGGCAGCUUGUACGUCCACUCUCUCCAGGAAUGGAAACAAAGCUAACCUCAGGACAUCCUGCAUAUAAAGACACCCCUCAAGGAGAGCAGCCUUCUCCCCCCUCAGGCAGAGGUAAAAGCAGCAGCCAUCAGCCAGACCUAAAGGAUCCAGUGCAGAUUACUAGUAAUGCCCAGUCUCAAAGUUCAGGCUUAGGGAUCCAAUCUAGCCAGACUUCUACCAAGGUGGGCAACACCCUUCAAAGGCAGGGUUCAGCUGAAAAUGCUCCAGGUGCCCUGGACAGGAAGAGUUAUUUGAGCCGCAGAGCCUAUAGCAGCCCUACCAGGCCUGCAACACCCCCAUCUCCUAAGAGUACAGGAUCUCCUCAGAGACGUCCUCCAAUGUCUCCUGGGAGAUCCCGAGUGGCUACUCGAGGCCCACAGCUGGGUUAUGGUGCUUCUCAAGGGUACAUCUUUGGCCUAAGACCUCCAGUCAAAACCACUAUCAAUGUAAAUGUCCAAAACUCUGUACCCCAGCAAAGCUCUACUGUAUCAUUUUCUCCACCCAAGUGCCCCCCAAAGCCCAAAAGUGUUCGACCUAAAAUCAUCACCUAUGUACGCAAGAGCCCACAGAUGAAGCCCCAGGCCAAUGAUAGCCCAUAUGAAGUCUCAUCACUACCCACCAAACUCUCAACUUCCACCAGUCCUUCAAACCCUAAAACACCAGCAGACGAGCCUCCCGGAGCUCCAGUGCUGAGUGCCUCUAACCUGCUAUAUGACAAAUAUAGACAGGAGCUGCAGAAGUCUCGAUAUAUAUCUCCUGAAGCACUGGUCUCCGGGACAAAUCUUUCCAGCUACACCAUGCCCCACAAAGCCACUGGGAGGACAAACAACUUCUAUGGCUCUCUAGGCAACAAAUACUUGCCUGCAACGGUAAGGAACAUCUAUACCAACAGUCCAAUUGCCUCUGGAAGCAAGGAUCAAUCAGAAUCCCAGACAGUAACUCAAGAAACAGGGGGAUUUUUACAACCUCCUCGAACCUUGAGACCCCAGCUUGGUGUGGGUGCUGUCAAUAAGUCUCCAUCUGCUGCUGCUGCUAAGAGCAGGGUCUUCACACCACAGAAGUCACCUCUAGCUCUCAGUCAACCUGUGCAGGCAGUGACCCCUUCAGUGACUGCACAAGCCACCUCAUCAGUGACCCCAUCCACUCAAAGCCCACCAGAGGCUUCAGACCAGAGGAAAGCACCCUCAGCAGGAUUGGCUGUUAAAUCUCUUUUGCCUAAGCCAGCUCCAUCAGGCCUGCGCCCUCCUGGCUACUCCCGGCUCCCUGCAGCACGCCUUGCUGCCUUUGGCUUUGUCCGCAGCUCCAGUGUCUCCUCUGUCUCCAGUAAUCAUUCCACUGACAGCACACAGAGUGAGCCAUGCAGACCAGCACAGCGUCCUGGCAGUAUUAGUGAAGACCCUCCUUUUCACAGGGUGAUAUCAGCUUCAUGUGGAGAGGGGCAAAGAGUGCCAUUCCGCAGCAGCCCCCAGCCCCCCAGCACUCCUGUACCCACUCGCCGCCCACUCUUGCCUCCUCCACCAGGCUCCCCAGUUGGCUCUCGCAAAGACUUUCAGAAGACACCUGAGGGCUCUCAUUCGGUGCUCUCAUCUCCAAAGCGUCUGGCUGUCGUUUCACCCAAACCUCAGUCACCAGUCCUGCAGAGACAGAGGGCAGCAGCAGCACGAGUCCCUGGACUUCCGGGGAACACAGGCUUGCCAGUUACAAGGCGCAGCAUUUCUCCAGGCUCAGAAAAGAAAAAAGAAGAGGCACAGAGGAAGGAAAAAGAGCUUGAGGAGCAGAAGACGCGAGAGGAGGAGUUGCUGCAGCUGCAGACUCAAUGCAAGGAGCAGAAUGGACUCUUGCUGGCUCUCCGGGCUGAGCUGAAGAGGACAGUUCUAGGUCUUGAGGUCUUAGCCAUCUGCACCCAGCACUUCUGUCUGAAGAGUGAAAAUGCUGAGCAGAAAGAGAAGGAGUUGUUUCAGGAGCUCAGCCAGAUUCAGGAAGAAGUGGCCUGCACUGCUGCUCAAUGGAAGCUGCUGCAGCAGGAAAAAACUGCACUGGAGCAGAGUUUUGUACUGCAGCUGAAAGAACUCCAGGAGCAGCAGGAGGCUGAGCUUGCCACUCUGGAGGAAGAGCUCAGAACACGACAUGCCUCUGACACAGACCACCUGACAGCUGAGCACCAGUCACAUGUGGAGGAACUGCGAACCCAGCAACAGGAGCAGAUUGAAGAGUUAACAGCUCAGCAUGAGUCUGCCUUGGAAGACCUGAGAACCAUGCACAACCUGACCAUGGCAAGACUGCAGGAGGAGCAUGCCAGGACCAUGAGAGACUUGAGAAAGACCCAUGAAAAAAAGACAGCUACUCUAGAGAAUGAUUUUGAAAAGCAUAAACUCUCCCUUCAGGAUCAGGUUGACAUGCUGACAUUUCAAAACCGAGCCUUACAAGACAAAGCUAAACGCUUUGAAGAGGCACUGAGGAAGAGUGCAGACGAGCAGAUAUUGGAUGCACUCGCCCCAUACCAGCACAUUGAGCAAGACCUUAGGAGCCUGAAAGAGGUUCUGGAGAUGAAGAACCAGCAGAUACAUGACCAGGAGAGGAAGAUCUGCCACCUGGAGAAAGUGCAGGCCCAAAAGAACAUAUAUCUGGAGGAGAAGGUACAAGUUCUACAACAGCAGAACGAGGACUUGAAGGCCCGCAUUGACCGCAAUGUUGCUAUGUCCAGACAACUUUCGGAGGAGAAUGCUAAUCUGCAUGAGCAUGUAGAGAGGGAGUCCAAUGAGAAGAAACGCUUGAGCCGAAACAACGAAGAGCUGCUGUGGCUUUUGCAAACAAGUCCACAUCUCUCUCCUUCCUCCUCCCCCAGCCACAAGGUCUUCUUCCCAGGGUUUGACAAUCCCCCCUUCCCUGGCUCUCCCAGCCCUGGAACUCCCACACACUCAUACUCCCCCGGACCCAGUACUCCUGCACAUAAAGUAAGUUCUCCCAGCCCUGGUACUCCGACUCACAGGACCUUGCCAGCAACCAGGAGCUCUCCAGCACGAGUCCCUAAUGCCAACACACUACCCAGAUAAGCUCUUAAUGAUAAUGAACAAGUCAAUUUCUAUGUAUUUACUAUUUCAUCAUGUUUUCAGUCUGUUCAAAGUGAUAUAAUUGUGUGAUGUUUGAGAUUAUUGUUGCCCAUUGAUUUUAGUGACAAAUAAAAAAACACAAAGUGAGCCGUUUGAAAACGUCCAAAUCUAUCCCAGAUAAUGUCUGGACAGAGAUUCUGACAGUCAGAUUGUGUCUUUACUUCUGGGUGUCAGACCUAAAAUCUUUUUGAUAUCUCAACCACAUCUGUUAACUCAGCAUAACUGCAUCUCUAGGAGCAGUGAUUGUUCUCAAGAACUCUAUAGUGCAUUUAAAUCCUACAGCCUGUUAAUUCUAAGCCAGGUCACAAAGGGGCCAAACACAACAUUAUACUACAGCAAAAGCCUUUUGUAUCCACCCCACACAUUCUCAGCCUUCUUAGUGAUCAGCACACCAGCAGGUUAUCACAUUCAAAACAAGAGCAUGCUGUACUUUUUGAUCUCAGUCGAUAUGUAAUAGUCAACUCUACUGUUACUGUGCUUUUAUCCUUAAACCUUACAUGUAUACAGUUUUGCUAGGGGCAUGGUUCAGGUCUCUGGCAGGCCAAAGCUAGAUGCACUGGUGAAAGAAAAGAUGAAGUCACAGGUGUCAAACUCUAGGGCCUGUGGGAUAAAUAUGCCUUGCUGCCUUAUUUUGUUAGGCAUGUGAGAACUUAAAAAACAGAAACUUACAUUGAAUCAGCCCAUGGAACACAGCUACACAUUUAUGAAACACUGGAAACAAUAUGACUUAGACUUUACACCAAACAUGUUACAUAACAAUCAGUCCACACCACACACUCCUCUUCACACCACUGACAUGACAGCAUACUUAAUGUUUACCAAAGUAAACAAGUGCCUGAAUAUCUGUAAAACAUGAGGAAUAGUGCCAACAAAUCUCAGGCCAUCUAUAGAAAAUGUGCAUAUUUGAGUUUAUUCCCAUUUUUGUAUGUUCGGUAUUUGCUCUGUAAUUAAAUUUGUCACAGUCGUGGUAUUAUAAUUCAGUAUAAUUGUAGGUUAAACUGUUUAGGAAAUCUGUAAGUUAUACAUUUAAAACCAGUGGAAUUUUGAAGUUUUAAUAGAGCUAGUACUGAAAAAACAAACAGAACAGGGUGUUUGGCUAAACAUUCUGCUGUUGCAUAUAAAGCACAACUAAAAAGAUUUAGACACAUCUGCUGCUAAGUGGCCUUCAGUCCCACAAAAUUGCUGAUGUGGACUGCAUAGCUGCAGUAGGUAGCUCAUACUUUUUAACAGUAAUUAGGCAUUGGCCAGCUUUGCACAUACACCACCCACU